ACCUGCCAACUCACAGAGACUGUGCCCACAGGUGCCCAUCAGCUUCAAAGACUUGGCUGUGCGGUUCUCUGAAGAGGAGUGGCGGCUUCUGGAGGAGGGGCAGCGGGAGUUCUACCGGGAUGUGAUGCGGGAGAACUAUGAGACACUGGUCUCUGUGGGAACAGCCGAGCUGCUCCCCCUCUCUGCUUUCCUGUCACCCGCAGAACCGAGAGGAAAAGCAGGGGCAGGGAGCUACACUGAGGAGGGGCAGGAGCCUCCUGCACGGGGAAGCCCCCAGGGAGGACAGCCACAGCACAGCCUGCACCUCACUGCCCUGGUGCAGCUGGUGAAGGAGAUUCCAGAAUUCUUGUUCGGGGAAAUCAAGGGCACCGAGGACAGCCCUGAGAGUGGGACAGCCAGCCUGGAUGGGGACAGAGCAAGCCUAGAAGCAGCUGUGGCAGUGGGCACUUAUCCUCUCCAAGGCCUGUUCACCUACCUUCCAGACAGCCCCAUGAGCCAGCCCAGCAUGGCCACCACACCCACCAGCAGCUCAUCCUGUAGUGGUCCACCUGGAGAUGGAGGCCAGGGAAGCCCCUUCCCCAUCAAAACUAUGGACAGACCACAGCCCACAAGGAAGGAAGGCCCAGGAACCACAAAUGCAGAGCUGAACACUCCUGCCAACAGCCCUGGCCAGAGGAAGAGCCACCAAAGACAGGAGAGAAGGACAGGAGUCUCUACCGGGACCAGCCCCUUGCAAGGCCUCAUCAACUGCCUGACAGAAAUCCUGGUGCCUGGGCCCCAGCACUCCGAUGCAGUCCUGGGCUCAGUGCCUCCUCUCCCAAGCCUGGAUACUUUGAGGCAGACCAGAAUGGACUUGGGGCCAGGAAGCCCUCCCUGGCCAGUGAAGACUGAGGCUGCUUCAGGGGACUGUCCCCUCCAGGGUCUGCUGAACUGUCUGAAGGAGAUUCCAGAGACCCAGGACAGGCAUCCCAGCCCCUCAAGAGCAGGGCAUCCACGGGUGCAGGAGGAUCCAGGGCCCUUGAAGAAGAAUUCUGGAGGGUCCGGACGCCUCCAGACCCUGCCUCACCCAUCUGGUCCUGGAGCUGGUGGCACACUCACCGUGGUGAAGGUGGAGGACAGCUGGACCCAGAGCCCUCCAGUGCCUACAUCCUGCCAGCUCAGCAGGCAGGGGCACUCUGCCACCAGAGACACCAGAGGGGUCCAUGUGCCAGGCUGGGGCCCUGAAGCUCAAGCCUGCAGGCCGUCGCGCUCACCCCUGAAAGCCCUGGAGGCUUGUCUGAAGGGCAUUCCCACAAGUGCAUUGUCACCUCCCCAGCUACCAGCCACCUCUUGGUCUCAGACCCCCCACCCUGGAGAUGCUGGGUCUCAGAGGCCUGAGCCUCAGCCCCAAGGAUCACACAGUGAAGAUGCCACCAGGGAGCCACUUGUACCUCUGGGUCCCAGCCAAUCCUCAGCUCCCCGAGGGACCCCCACCAGCUUCUCCUCAGCCAGCAGUACUGAUGGGGUCAUGGACUUUGGAAGCCCUGGAGGGAACCAGCAUCCUGGCAAAGGGUGCCCACCAGGGAGCUCCCCACUCCAGGGCCUGGAGAACUGCCUCAGGGAGAUCCCCAUGCCCAGGCUGCAGCCUGCCCAGCCCUGCUUCUCUGCAGAAGACAGGGGGCUGAGGAGAGCAGAGUCCAGGAACUGGAUGGCAUACAAGGAAGGAUUGAGAAGUGAGGCCUGUGAACCAUUCCACCUUGGACAGGGUGGAAGAGAGGUGCCCAACCAGAGCCCCCGCCUAGCCAGCCCACAGGCCAUUCCUUCCAGCUGUGUCCCUGCCUGCUACCAGCAAGGGCUCAAAGACCAGGGAGCCACUAGGCCAGGACUGUGGAGGUGGCCGCAAGAUGGGCUGGUCUCCAGGCCCUCCCCACUGCACUGCCUGGAGAGCUCUCUGCAGGGGAUCCUGCCUGCCAGGCCCUUGCGGUUCACCUGCCUGGCUGGCCCCAGCCCCGGCCCAGAGCCCAGCUCCAGCUCCAGCCUCUGCAGCUCUGAUGGAGAGGACACAAGGCCAGAGCCCGAGCUCUGGCAGCCACCCCUCCAGGAGAGAGGCUACCUUCCCAGCUAUAAGCAUCUGGCCCCUCUGGCCUCUGGCCCCAGUGGAUCCCCCACAGGCAUCAGUGACAUCAGCCCUGGGGACAACCCUGAGAGAACAGAGCCCCAGUACUGCAGCAGCCUCAGGGCAGCAGGAAAAGCAGAAGAGAUGGGAGGCAGCUCCCUGUCACUCAGGAGAGAAGUGGGCGCAGAGAGUGCCUGUCAGCCUGGCCUUCUCAGCAGUGCCACAGCUGGAGGAACAGAGGCAGCUGCACCCCGCUGGCCUACCCCUCCACCAGAGAAGAGGCCUGGGCCAAGGGCUAGUGAGGACACCAGGGACCUGGACCCUGGAUACAGAAGACCUAAUGUUUCAGCCAGGACCCAAGGGAGACUGCUCCCUGGGGACCCACCUGAGCCACCUAGCAAUUCUCCAGCAGCCAUCUCACCUGCCUGGCUGGCCACCUCCCCCCGUCCACCAUGCCCCUGUGGGAGGCCCCUACAGCAGGAGCUGCACAGCCUCAGUGCUGCCCUCACAGAGAAGCUGGACCAGCUCGCCACAGCCCUAGCAGGCCUGACUCAGGAAGUGGCCACCAUGAGGACGCAGGUAGACCAGCUGAGGAGGCGCCCACGAGAGCCUGGGCCAAAGGGCCCACCUUCUUGGCUGUGGUCCCUUCCCAGGGGACCUCGCUGGGCCCACAGCCCUGGUCACAAACACCUGCCCUACUGGAGACAGAAGGGCCCCACCAGGCCUAAACCAAAGAUCCUGCGGGCUCAGGCAGAUGGCUGCAGGCCUGGUGACCCCCAAGGACUUUCCAGAGCAAGGGUCCCCCCGGUGCCUCAGGUGCCUACAGAUGCUGUCCUGACAGAACCUUCCAGGCCCAGCUGCAGCCCAUCACAGCAUCCCCCCUUGGGACCCAGCUACCCUGCCAUGCAGACUGAACACACCCUCCUCGGACACACUGGGCACCACCAGGGCCUGCUGCCCUCUUUCAUGUCUGCUGCCUUACCCUCACCUCAGGCCUCUCCUGCAGCCAGCACAGACCCAGAGCCACUUGUUGCAGGGGAUGCUUGGGUCAGAUUCCCAGCCCGGCCUAAGGAGCUGAGGGGAGCCCUCCAGGAGGAACUCUGGGGUGGUGAGCACAGGGACCCAAGGUGGGGGGCCCAUUAACUGGACUCUGCAUCAGGUCAGCCUCACUGAGCAUGCAGAGAAUGGUAGAGGGUACCCCCCAGGGUAGAGGAUGCUCUGCCCUGUUAGGCCUUCCCAUUGCUAAAAUGGACCCCAGUGGUAUCUGCUCCGGAGGCCACCAUGGGGUGCAUUCAUUGACCACACUUCGGGUUUUCUUGGCUCAGGUCAAAUCAGAUGUUGCUCCUUCCUCUUGUCCACACCAGACCCACCCAGGCACACUUGUGUAUGGCAUGUGUGCACACUAUUCAUGCACAGAGCGAGCUUCAGGGUGGGCCCUCUGGCUGCCCCUCCAGACCACUCACUCUUCCUGAGCUCCACUCUGCCUUCCCGGAGUGAAUGCCUGCCCCAGUCACAUUUCAGGAGAACUCUGCCCACAGACAAACUGGGUUUACUCACAUGGAUUCUAAAAUUAAAGACAUUAGCUGCUAAGGAAAGGCCUUGGUUCCUAUAGAAGGUUUGUUUUGUGGGGACUGCAUGGGUUCAUGGCUGAUGGACUAUGCCCCCAGCACACCUAAGGUGAAGUCACAGUGUGCACUAAGACUGGGGCAGGUCCCACAUGGGACCCUGGCAAAGGGCUGUAUGCCAGGUACCAUGGACUGGGCCACUGGCACCAGAAGCCCAAAAUCAAGGUGCUGCCAGGGUUGGUUCUUCCACAGGCUAUGGAGGCUGGCUGUCUGUCCCAGUCCUCUCUGGGGCCAUGGGUGGCUUUGUCCAUGUUCCCACAGGUCUGCACAUGUCUCUCAGGACCCCCUUUGUGUCACAACAUGGUUGUAUUAUCUAAGGAGCUGCCUCAUUGACUUGUUUAACUUGAUUACCUCUAAUGACCCUCUCUUCAAGGAGGUUGAGGGGGAAUGCUCAUCUUAUAAUGCAUUAGGGGGCUGGGCUGUCAUCUUAGGUUUGUCCAGAGGUAACUGUGUGACCAGAUGUUUGAGAACCUGCUUCUGUCUGUUGACUGGAAGGGACCUGUGUCACCCCAACAGCUGACGCCUGGAGCUGGCUGCCUGUGUUCACUUGUCUCUCCUUCCCCAGAGCCUGAAUGCAACCUGAAGUUCUUGUUUAAUCCGGGACACUGGAAAUUGUGCCUAUACGCAUGGCACCUGGGAAGGCCUGGCUGCUGGAGGCUGCACAGGAAGCUCUGCUGUCUGAGCCCCGGGGACCUGGAGUGCCCAUGCAGAAGCCCCAGGUGACAUGGGUCUGUGCCCAUGGUGACCACAAGCAACUCCUCAUGGCUGACUGCACAUCUUUAAUAGCAGUGUUGCUGGAAACAUGUGCACCUAGGUGUCCCUUGUGAGGAAGGGCACAUGGCCCUAUUUGGGGCCUGGGGGUCAGAGCCCUGCUCCUGGCUGCCUGAUGGGUGAAAGCAGUAGAGGGGAGAAGGGUGCACCUUCAGGACUAGAGAAAAUCUUGAGAAGUUAAUGCUCAUAAGAUCACAUGAGCAGGAAGUUGGUGGAAACAAGUGGCUGCUUCCCUCAGCCACACAGACAGCAAAGAACAGGACACGCCACAGCUCCCCACUCUUGAGGAGCUCAGCAACCACCUUACCUUUUCCAAAUCAGCCGGAGACAGCUUAUGUUGUAAAAGCAGGGUGAGGGAGAGAGGAAGAGAGGUACCUGGGGAAGAGGAUGAAGCAACCCCCAGGAGGAGAGGGUUCUAUCCUUGGCCUCCUGCCACCGUCUGCCCUCCCUGCUAAGAAGAGGUGUUGGGCCCAGCAUUAUGUCUAUGUGGCACAGCAAAGUAACUUUGCUCUGUGGCCAGCACACAGCCAUUUGGCACACGCCUCUGAGCAGAGGUUGGGAGUCUACCUAACACAGCUGGACAUGGCCCUUCAUCCUCUGGCACAGCUACCUCCUCCUGUGCCUCAUGUGACAGGUGAGAGUCAGGACUGAGCCCAGUUUAGGCAGUGCAGAACCAGGCAGGCCUUAAACUAUGUUCAGUAGAAGUUCAUGACUCUGGAAUGUGAAUAAAAUGUAUGCCAAAAAGCUCUGUGAUGUGAGCAGGAUGUAGAUCUCCAGGUCCUAUGGCUGCCACAGCUGUUCACUGAGAAGCCUUACAGAAACUUUGGUGUGAAAUCUAUAUGCAGUUUAGGUCCUUGGUACCAUGUCCAGCUCCACCUCCUAUCCAGGAGAGGCCUGGAGAGGAAAUGUGGCCACUCAAUGGGAGCAACUGGAGGACCUUUAUGAACUCUGGAGUUCCAGGAGCAUGGGGAGGGUGGGGGACAGAGAAGGCUCCAGGUCUGCCAGCCUCCAUCCUGGGAAGUGCCCAAAGGACAGGCUGCUACUGGCUGACCUGGGUGUAGACCUUCCCUCCUCUUCACCCAGCUCACAUUGGGGCUCCACUGCCAGACCAAGUCCUGGUCCCCCAUGAAGCAGCAAAGCGGGAAGGUCCUGCUUCAGCUGUGAGUGGGCUCCCCAAGUUCCACUGUCAGCAGGCUACUCUGAGGACUCUGAUGGAGGCUGGAAUAGAGAAGAACAGGGACCGCAGUUCACUUCCUGCGACUCCCUGUGAUUCAGUGUUCCCUCAUGAAGGGUCUUGGUUCACUGGAAAGCCAGUGCAAGAACCCAUUUUAGAGGGAAAAAGCUGGCAGAAGAAAGAGCUCAGUUCUAGCACCUCUGAACCAUCUGCAGGAAAGGGGAGGAAAUUACAAAUCAAAGAUAUAACUGGCUGCGGAAAAGGGCUGAGAGGAAAACUGAGAAGCCACAAAGCACCACCCCCAUCUCAGCUCUAAGGACCACUUGCUUCAAAGACACUCGCUGUCUUGUGAAUGAAGUCAUCCUGUGUAUGUCAUCAGGUGUGAGACACAUAUGUACCUUAGUAUUGCCAGGUGCCUCUUCCUGGAGUGGAGCCUGACCUUCAGCUACCUUGCUGAGAGGUGAGGACAGGAGAGUAUACCUCAGAUCCUCCCCACUGGCCACAGAGUCAAGCCUAUACCUGGGCCUCACAUGCAGAGCCUCCCACCUGCUGUCCACCACUUGGUCCAACAGCCUGAUGGUUCACUGGGUUCUUCCGCAGAGCUGGGGCUCUGGCCAGCCUGAACUGCCCCAGACUCCUCCUACAUCCUUGAGACCAUCUCCCUUUGCUGUUUUCCUGGCAGAAAUAUUCUCCCUCCAAUAUCCAGUUGCAUUUGUCAAAGCCCAACAUGGUUCCCAACUCCACCUCACAGUCAGAAGUAUUAACAGCAACAAUGAUGGCUCAUGUUUAUUAACCACUCACUAUGUCUAGGAAAAGGUGGGAAGGAUCUUGAAGGUGUUGACUCCUCACAGCAAUCUUAGGUAAAAUUUACUACAUCCACUUAACAGGUUCAGAACCUGAGCAUCUGAGCAGUUCAGCAACUUGUCCCAAGUUGCACAUCCAGGAAUAGGACACAGGUUAAAACCCAGGUCUGAUACCAGGCGUGAUGUCUCCUGUAAUCCCAAUAUUCAAGAGGCUAAGGCAGAAGGAUCGCCUGGGCUGCACAGUGAGUUCAAGGCCCACAUACACAGAGAGAUCCUAUCUCAAAAACAAAAACAACACCUUGGAUCUGACCCGAAGUCCCUUAUUCUCAGCUGCUUCCUGCUGCCAUGGUUAGCUUAGCCUUCUCUGAGUUUCCACACCCUAUGGUGUUUCAAUAUAUAAUUCUAAUUACUGGACAACCAAUGCACUGUGUAACUGAGGCACAGUAUUUAGUUUAGGCACCUUUGCACGGUUUGGUAUUUGGCUAACAGUGAGCAACUCCAUGCCCAUGGCUUGCUUACUAGUUUGAAAUCCCAGAAAUAGGCUCACCAAGUUAUAUACAGGUUAGGGAUCUAGAUAGAGAAAGUCAAAUUGCUGUCCCAAAUAAUUUUCCCAUUAAUUAUACAGUUAUAUUCUACAAAUUAUGUCAAAUGAUAGAAUUGAUCAUUUUUUUCCUUCAAACCUAC